AAAAAAUAUUAAUAAAAGAAUUAAUUCUGACCUAAUUACACAGUCUUCUUGCAAAAAUGCAGAUUUUUGUAAAAACUCUCACUGGGAAGACUAUUACAUUAGAGGUUGAAGCAUCUGACACGAUAGAAAAUGUCAAGGCUAAAAUACAAGAUAAAGAAGGCAUUCCUCCUGAUCAACAAAGACUUAUUUUUGCUGGCAAACAAUUAGAAGAUGGGAGGACUCUUUCGGAUUACAACAUUCAGAAGGAAUCUACUUUACAUUUAGUCUUGCGUCUCCGUGGAGGUUCAAAUACUUGAAUAAAAGGAUAAUUAAUCAUUUUGUAGCAACAUUUAGUAAACAUCGUAGUAGAUUUACUAGUAGAAGUUUAUUCUUCUUUUUUUAUAUCUAUACAUUUAUUAAAAAUCGAUAUUUAUAUAAUGUAUGAUACGAUUUAAACAAAAGUCUCAAUAAAUCUGAAUACAAGCAUUA